AAAACAACGCUGCGUUUUCUAUUCGAAACAAUUUUUUCGUUGAAAAACAUCUCGAGCGUAAUUAGUGUCGCUCAGUGCUACGCAAACCGUGCUAUCGUGUGGAUUACUAUUGAUACACUCUGAAGAACAGUGUCGAGUGAGAAGUGAGACUACAAGUACAAGUACAACAAAAUUCAGAUCUCCAAUCUGAAAUUGAAAGCAAUCGAAUCGAAUCGAAUUGAAUCACGAGGCAGUAUGUCAAAUAAAAGCAACUUCAUUGGCCUGUGCCUGGUGGCGGCUUUAAUGAUGCUGCAGUUUGUUAGCGCGGAUAUCGAGACAAAUGAAGUGAAUGAUAAUUCUGGUGAUAUUUAUAUGCUGCAGGGUGUGCGUGUGUAUCCAAAUGAUCGUCAGUGCGUUCUGGUCGGAGGUCUUUGCGUGCAGAGCGGCGACUGCAACGAACCCACAACCAACAAGGGUCUCUGCCCCAGCAGCUCGCAUCUGGGUGUCGAGUGCUGCUACGAGUUUAAAUCGAAUUUGUUAGCGUGAUCCCAAACUUAACUUCCUUAAUUCCUCAUUCUAAAACAAAUUGAUUCCUAUAUUCAUAAUUAUUGAAUUGGUAUUAUGUCAAUGUGCUCAUAUCUAUUGUUUUCGUUUUCUUUUCAUCACUAACCCCAAACUACGUCUACGUCUUACCCACUUUUCCCACUUGUCCGUCUUCAACGAAAAUUCCCCGCUCAUCUAAUCCAAUCCAAUGCAGUGCCGGUAAGACCAGCGCCGUGUUCUCAGCACUUGGGCGAAUGCAAGGACACCUGUAAUCUGAGGUUGCAUAGACCUGGCACCGAUUGCGAGAAUGGACAAGUGUGCUGCCUGCUUGUGAGAUAAACACAUCAAA